GAAAGAUUCAGGACAGACAGAGAAGUGAGAGGCUGGGACUGUAGUCAUUAUCAGGUUUGUGAAAAGACAGCUAGGGUAAAAGUUAAUCUGUGGAGGCUUCGUCUUGCAAUGGAAUGAAAGAGAAGAAAGGCCAUCAUUCUAUGGUCCAGUUAGAGGCUAGGAUUAGUUAUUUUCAGAAGUCAACUCAGGAAUCCCCGGGACUCAGCGACCAUGAAGUUCGAGGAAAAGCACGUGGGCAACGGAAACCUUGUGGGGAAAAGUCAGACGUCCGGAGGAGAGAAACAUCAGGCAAACGGGAAAACAGCAGCAAGUGGGAAAGCUCAGGUCUGUGUGAAACAGGAGGCAAAUGGGAAGCACCACACGCCCAGGGAAAGCCUCAACACGUACACCUGGCAGGAGAUCCAGAGACACAAUCAGGAGUCCGACCAGUGGCUGGUAAUUGAUCGCAAGGUUUACAAUGUCACUAGCUGGGCAGACAGGCAUCCAGGUGGGCGCUGGGUCCUCAACCACUACGCCGGAGAAGAUGCCACGGAUGUCUUCAGGGCCAUGCACCUGGAUAUCGACAUUGCACGACGGUACCUUAAGCCACUGCUUGUUGGAGAGCUGGCCCCAGGAGAGCCCAGCCAGGAGAGAAACAAAAACUCCCAGCUAGUGGAAGAUUUCCAAGAAUUGAGAAAGACAUUAGAGGCUAUGAAUAUGUUCGAUGCCAACCUGGGGUUCUUCUUUCUUCACCUGACCCAGAUAUUGAUUUUGGAAGUCCUAGCUUGGCUAAUACUGUAUCAUUUGGGCAGUGGCUGGCUGGUUACAAUAUUUAUUUCCUUUCUUCUCACAGUUUCUCAGGCUCAGAGUUCAUUUUUGCAGCAUGACAUGGGGCACCUUUCCAUAUUUAAGAAGUCCAAGUGGAACCACCUGAUGCAAAAAUUCGUGAUGUGCCAUCUGAAGGGCCUGUCAGCAAACUGGUGGAAUUACCGGCACUUCCAGCAUCAUGUAAAACCAAAUAUCUAUCCCAAAGACCCAGACGUUGACAUGGGCCCACUUUUUCUGCUUGGAGAUUAUCAACCUGUCAAGUAUGGCAAGAAGAAAAUCAAAUACAUCAACUACGAAAAGCAGCAUCUGUACUUCUAUAUAGUUGGGCUCCCGCUGCUCAUGCCUGUAUAUUUCAACCUACAAUCCAUGAAAAUAAUGUACUUUCAUAGAUAUUGGGAGGACAUUUUCUGGGUCAGCAGCUUUUACAUCCGCUAUUUCAUCACAUUUGGCCCUUUCUAUGGAAUCUUUGGAACACUGUUGCUCAUGUAUUUUGUCAAGUUCCUUGAAAGUCCCUGGAUUGUAUAUGUGACCCAGAUGAGCCACAUACCAAUGAAAAUGAGCAAAGAGGAGAACCGGGACUGGCUCAGCACUCAGGUCUUGGCCACCUGUAAUAUUGAGCAAUCCUUUUUCAACGACUGGUUCACUGGGCACCUGAACUUCCAAAUAGAGCACCAUCUAUUCCCAACUAUGCCACGCCAUAAUUAUCACAAAGUGGCACCCUUGGUGAAGUCACUGUGUGCCAAGCACGGACUACAGUAUGUGAAUAAGCCCAUGUUGAAGGCAUUUGGAGAUAUCGUCAGGGCCUUGAAGAAAUCUGCAGCCCUCUGGAUGGAUGCUUACUAUGAAACAUGAUGCAUAAUGUCAGCCUGAAUGCACAAUGUAAAUGCAUCUCUGAAGGGAGUUGGUGCAUAUGCAAGAGUUCUUCCCCAAUUAGCAUCAUUUGCACGCCUGAGUGUGCUAGACAUGUGAACCCCAAAGAUAGCUCCUUUCUUGAAGUUCUACAAAUAAGAAGAAGCCAUUAAAUACAAGAUGACUUUGGCUAGGGUGACAAAAGGAAAAUGAAAGCUCAAUGUGUUUCAUCAGGAUCUUGAAUUUAGUUCUACCAAAAGACCUUAGUUGAAUCAUCUCAAUCAGGGACACACAUACAGGAAUCAGUUAAAAAUUUUAUGCGUCAAGUGAACACAGGAAGAAGUUGACCAAAGUAGAGACAUCUGAUGGAGUACUUUGGGAAACAGUGCAAUUGCUUAUGAAAGAGAAUCAUAUAUUUAAGAACUG